AUGGGUGUUGAAAUGGGGUGUCCCUCCACUCUCAGAUUCUUGCUUUUACUCCUCUCACGUGAUUAUAGUCAGCCUCAUUAUAUGACAUCAUUAGGAAAUGGUGAUGAAGAACUUGGACAAGCACAGUUUUUGCUUAACUCCUUAAGCCAAUUCUACAAGAAAUAUCAGAUGUCCUUCAUGAGAAACCCAUAA